AUGGCGGAGCCGCGGGUGCGGCCCGGGGCCGAGCGGGGCCGAGCGGGGCCGGGCGGGGGCGCGGGAGGGCUCCGGGGGGCUCGGGAGGGCUCCGGGGGGCGCGGGGAGGGCUCGGGGAGCGGGCCGGGCGCCGAGGGGAACGCGGGGGACCGCGGGAGGGGCGCGGGGGGGGGCUCAGGCGGUGCGGCCUGGUCGCGGCGCCUCACGCGUUUCGGGGUCCCCAGCGAGGGGGGCGAGCCCCCCUGCAUCACCUCGGCCGGGUUCCAGUUCCUGCUGCUCGACACCCCCGCCCAGCUCUGGUUCUUCAUCCUGCAGUACCUGCGGGGGGCCGAGGCGCGGGGCAUGGACCUGGUGGAGAUUCUGUCCUUCCUGUUCCAGCUCAGCUUCUCCACCCUGGGCAAGGAUUACUCGGUGGAGGGCAUGAGCGAGUCGCUGCUGACGUUCCUGCAGCACCUGCGCGAGUUCGGGCUGGUGUUCCAGAGGAAGCGGAAGUCGCGGCGGUUCUACCCGACCCGGCUGGCCAUCGCGCUGGCCUCGGGGACAGCGGGGACAUCGCCGGGGACGCCGCUGGGGACGCCGGGGACAGAGCCCGACGGGCACGGCUUCGUCCUGGUGGAGACCAACUACCGCAUCUACGCCUACACAGACUCGGAGCUGCAGGUGGCCCUCAUCGCGCUCUUCUCGGAGCUCCUCUAUCGCUUCCCCAACCUGGUGGUGGCCCAGGUGACAAGGGACAGCGUGCAGGCGGCCAUCGCCAACGGCAUCACCGCCGAGCAGAUCAUUCACUUCCUGCGCACGCGCGCCCACCCCGUGAUGGCCAAACAGAGCCCGGUGCUGCCCCCGACCAUCACGGACCAGAUCCGGCUCUGGGAGCUCGAGCGGGACCGGCUGCGCUUCUCCGAGGGUGUGCUGUACAACCAGUUCCUGUCCCAGGUGGAUUUCGAGGUGCUGCGCGACCACGCCCGCGCCCUGGGCGUGCUGGUGUUCGAGAACCCCGCGCGGCGCCUGAUGGUCGUCACCCCCGCCGGCCACCCCGACGUCAAGCGCUUCUGGAAGCGCCAGAAGCACAAUGGCUGACCCCAAAAACCCCAAAAUACCCAAAAAACCCAAA